UUGGCUUUGAGUGUUAAAAUGGCCGCACGUCUGUGCAAAUGAAAGUCACCGAAGUAGUCGGGUAUUUUUGAGGAAUUUUCUAUUAAAAAAUACGCCGCGGGACGCAGUUUCGAUUUAAAUGAACGGUCCAGGAAGGCGGAAGUGCGCCGCGAGUAAAGUUAGAGUUUUAAAAAUUAUUUUUACGUGAAAAAUUUGACGAAAAAAUGUGAAUAUUUCUUUGUCUGUAGUGUUGACGACGUGAGUUGUCAACAGAUUUGAUUUCAUUUUUGGCAGCUGGAUUCUUCUUUUUACACCGAUUUCCUACAAUUUGUGAUAUUUAUUAUUAUUUUACAUUCCUUCAAGACAAGACUGUUUUUACAUUCCGAUUUUGUUUGGGUAAGUCGCGUUCUUGGGCUCGUUCUAAUCUGCAGUUGUUGACGCAAUGUCUCAUAAAUAAAAUGUGUGUUCCGUUCGAAAGUGAUACGGGCGAACUAGUAAAAUGUGUGAAGAUAUUCAACGAGGAUGAUGCGGCAGCUCGGAGGUGCAGCAAAAGUGGUGCCGACGAUAAUUUUUUUAGCGAUCGUUUUAGUGUAGGCAGUUUAUUAAUCUGUGAUUUGUGCGAGCGACCUAGAACUUCGCGUUUAAGGCUAAUUAUAAGAUUGUUUAUGUAUUUGUUAACUCGAAUGUGCCUAUAUUUGCUAGUUUUUCUGCGGAUAUGCCUAAGUAAUCGUAAAUUAUUCAUUAUGGGUUGUCUCGUUUAUUGCCCGGCUGCGGCGUGGGCGUAUCCAAACGAAUACGACAAAAGCGAUAAGUUGAUCGAUAAAAUCAAUCUGGAGCAGAGCAUCGCGGCCGUUUUUAACAAAGUUGCCUACGGGAGCACGACUAAACGUUCAAUACCAGAUAAUAGCUACUUGAUUACGACGUUAGCAACGCCCUUGCUAACGACGUACAGAUAUAGUGAUGGCAGCGACGAAUGGUUACGGGUCGAUAUCAAGAAUUCCGAAGGAGAAUCGGUCGAUUAUGAUGAGGAGGCGCGCAGUAAUCCAGCGUACGGUUCAGAUUUGGAGAGAGAUCACGGACUACCGACGUCUGCUCCUGCCGCCGACAUCCUUAAAAAUAACAACAAUAGAAAUUACAAUAAUCCGAAUCGCUACAACAAUGAUCGACUGCGGCCCGAUUACAAUUUGGGGGGACCCCAUCAGGAAGUCACAGAAAAUGUUUACAAGACGACCACAAAUUACAACGUUCUUCGAAAUGUGCGUCCUACAAAGUCGAUAUACAGUAAGGACAUCCCCAGCUACGUACCGCCGAGUAGGGCGUUUUUCACGCCGACCCUCCCGGACAAAUUUCUACAUCCGUUUGCGGAUAAACCGACACUGCGAGGUACGAACUCUGACACUUUCGUCAACCGACGGCCAAUUCCACCUCCGUCGCUCACUCCCAACAAGGAUCAAAUACCGUAUCGACCCGACUUGUCACCUCGAAAGCCCAUCAACGUCGAGAAGACCGAGACGAAAACGUACGAAUCUCAGAACGACUCGCGUAGUGAACGUAAGAAAACUCUAAACACGCCGUCGCAAAACAGCGAGUUCUACGGCCUAAAUCGUAACGUCAACGAGACAAACUUCGAAUACGAGAAGGCGUACAUACCGAGUAUCACUAGGAUUUUGAGCGGCUCGAACGGGAGGCACGACGAGAUUCCUGAGAUACUACUCAAAACGGUCACCGACACCUCCUUAAUUCACCACAGGAACGAGCAGCGGAACAAGCCGCGCGCACCCGUCACGGAAAACGUGCGCGGCAACACAAAGAUGCAGGAUUUUCGGCGCGAGGAAUUCGAGGAGAGUACAAAGGUCGACGAUAACAAGCGAGACACGGCAGUCUCUCAGGAGAGCCGUCCGCCAGACAAACCCGAAGGGGUCACCAGCCGCAAGGAGAUAGUAAAGGACGAGACAACGACCGAAAACUCGGACGUCAUAAAUCUGCCAAACGUGAAGGCGAAGGAGAACAACGUGACAAAGGUCGACUCGGAUAAGGUGUGGCUGGUUUGCUGGAACGUUCACGUCUACUUGGUCGUGUUUCUGUACGUACUGCUCGCGGUUUUCUCCAUCUUCAAACUGAUUAGGUACGAGAAUGAUCCGCACAUGUUCUCGAAAAGCUACUUCCUCACGGUUCACCUGAUGCUGACCGUGAUAUGCGUCUUGAGAAUCUUCUACCUGACUUACGAUCCGUACAAUGUCGGCAAGUCCUUCAAUAUUUUUCUCUACGAGUUUUUGCACAACUUCCCGUUGAGCUUGUUGGCGACGACCUUUGCGAUAUUAAUUCUGUUUCUGCUGAAGCGCACCUUAAAUCAUCUAAAAGUGAAGACGCGCCCAGUAUUUCUCGUUGUGUUCGCCGCAAUGCACAUCUUCAUGUGCUUUUGUUUGAGUAUCGUCGAGAUCAUGGGCCAUUUUGAUCGUGCCAGCCUAAUAGUUUGCAAACCCGUUUUUGUACUGCUAACGUGGGCGCUCGGCUUUAGCUAUCUCUACCUGUACAAAAUAAUUAAAAAUGUGCUCGCGAAAAAGACGCAGAACUUAUCGGAGAUGUGCACCCAAAAUAUCAGCUACGCGUCGCAUAUUACAAUCGCGGUCGCGUUGCUGUUUAUUUUGCUCGGCUUCGUGCAUCUUUACGCGCUUUUCUUCAUAAAGGUCGAUCACUUUAGCUCGGACAUCAAACAGCAUUGGAUCUUGUGGGGCUUCGAGUUGUCGGUGCGGGUUUUGGAGAUAUGCAUAAUCACUCUUUUAGCCGUCGUCGUAAGCUUAAAAAUGUCACAGCGCGAGAAGCAGACCGUCGGCUUUCCGCUCUUCCCUUGUACGACGAGUGAUUCGAGCACCGACAAUAUUUUUCCGAACAACUGCACCACGAAUCCGAACGCGUUGAAUUACAGUAGAAACGAAAUGAUAAUGGACCACGGCCCGAGCGAAACGAUCGAAAGGCCCAAUCUUCUCAAAAAUACCUUUCAGAACGACUCGUUCGAUAAAAAAUCGACGCUGGAGCGUUACCGCGGGGGCGAUAACGAGAGCGGCAAGUUUGAUCGAUUCGAGAGGCCGAAGUGGGGAUCGGAGCGUUUCGAAGUAGAUCGCGUGCGUCCGAGCGUCGAGCAGACCAGCUUGAACAGUUUCGGACAACCGAACUCGGGACACUUCGAGCGCGGGCAGAACUCUCUGCGAAACGAGCGAAGUUCAGCGCGGAAAACUUACGACGUCGCCAAGUACUACGCGAAACCGAAGUACGAGGAGUACAACAAUGACGAUUACCAGUCCGAGGGUAACGUCUAUAGCGAACCGGUCGAUAACCAAUAUGCGCGUAAUGAUUUUGAACGAAACGACUUCGAACGCCGAUCGAAAAACUCAAACACUUCCGGUCGGCGAUCGACGGGCCGCGCGAGGAAAAACCACGCGCGUCCUCACAUCGGCGUGCAAACUUUGCCGGGCGGUAACGAGGCGCGCCACCCGAUCUCAGACACAAUGCUCGUCGAUGACCAGGGUUUUGUUAGAUUUAGACACUUGCAGGACGAGCAGCCUAAGAAAUCCAAGCGUCAAAACAACGAACUAAAUCACUAUAGCGAUACCUGAAUCUGACGCGAUUGACUUACCGCACAAAGGUCGUUUACUGCCUCGAUUAUUUAUGUACAAAUAUUUUAAGGAUCUUUGUGCGGUACUUGGCUUAAUUUUCAUUAGUGUGUGUACGAUUAAAGAAACAACACGUAGACAGUGUACAUUUGUAUUGUAUAUAGUAGAUAUAAUUGACUCCAUUACUUUUUUUAUAUUCGAUGUUGUUGUAAAUGAAUUUUUUUGGGAAUCUGCAGCCAUUGGGUUUCAAAAUUGUCGUGUAAAGGAAGGAAUUACCUACCGUCCUACUUGUAUAGUGUCAAUUUAAAGCACACACCACAUGUACUAAUAAUGUAUAUAAGUACAACUCUUGUAAUUUGCCAUCGUGGUUAACUUGCCAAGUUCUUAGAAGACAACGUUAAUGCAGUAUUAUUUUAUUAUUUAUUUCGUUAAGAGCAGAGAAUGACUUUAUUUAUACUUUUCGCAAUUUUGUUUUUAGAUAAUUGCUUUACUAUACAUUCCCGUGAUACAACUGCCUCGUUUUAUGUUUUUAGGUAGCGAUACUACAGGCUGGGUACUUAACGAUUUUAUAUUUUUGCCAGUAAUUGAAGAAAUAUCCUUGUAACCUUCUCUGUGGACAUUAUUACUACCUAUCUGUAUUAGAAUAGAAAAAUUGUAAGAUUUAAAACAUUUUUCGUGUUCUUAAGUUAAUCUAGCAUUUAUAUGGUACGAUUAUUUAAUUUAUGUCGUAGUUAUAUACGACAUUUGUGCAUCACAUCCGAUAUGAUAUUGUAUUUCCAGGUUUUACUUAUACAUUGUAAACUGUCAAAUUUAAAAACAGUUUCAACUUA